CAUCGCUGCCGCCCCAUCCUGCGCCCCGGGGGGGUGCGGUGGGGCCGUGGUGCUGCUCACCCGAUCCCGGGGGCUGACCUGUGCCACCAGAUCGGGUUCCUGGCCCCUGGGGAUCGCCUUACGCCGGUGCCCAUCUAUAAUUCAGCGGCAGCAGCGGGAUGCAGCGGGUGAGCAAGCACGGCCGGCAGCCCCGGGAGGACGGCCCCAUGGAGAACGGCGUGGGGCAGGAACCGGGGGGUCCCGAGCCGCCCCCAGCCCCGCGGCCCCCACGCGUCCGCCCCCGCCUGGUGUUCCGCACCCAGCUGGCCCACGGCAGCCCCACGGGCCGCAUCGAGGGCUUCACCAACGUCAAGGAGCUCUACGGCAAAAUCGCCGAGGUCUUCAGCAUCUCGCCCACCGAGAUCCUCUUCUGCACGCUGAACACGCACAAAGUGGACAUGCAGAAGCUGCUGGGGGGGCAGAUCGGCCUGGAGGACUUCAUCUUCGCCCACGUCCGGGGGGAGACCAAGGAGGUGGAGGUGACCAAGACUGAGGACGCGCUGGGGCUCACCAUCACGGACAACGGGGCUGGCUACGCCUUCAUCAAGCGGAUCAAGGAGGGGAGCAUCAUCAACCGCAUCCAGGCGGUGUGCGUGGGCGACAGCAUCGAGGCCAUCAACGACCACACCAUCGUGGGCUGCCGGCACUACGAGGUGGCCCGCAUGCUGCGGGAGCUGCCCCGCGCUCAGCCCUUCACCCUGCGCCUGGUGCAGCCCAAAAAGGCCUUUGACAUGAUCGGGCAGAGGACGCGGAGCAGCAGCAAGUGCCCCGCCGAGGGCAGAGUGGCCAGCGGGAAGGAGACGCUGCGGCUGCGGGCACAGGGCCCGGCCACGCUGCAGGAGGGGCCCAGCGCCACGGAGGAAGAAGCCGCCCGCCGCGUGGAUGACCUGCUGGAGAGCUACAUGGGCAUCCGCGACAGCGAGCUGGCCGCCACCAUGGUGGAGAUGGCGAAGCAGAGCCCUGGCACCACCGCACUCGCCCACGGCCUGGACUCGGUGCUGGGGGAGUUUGCCUUCCCCCCAGAGUUUGUGGCCGAGGUGUGGGCGGCUGUCUGCAGCACUGGGGGGGCGCAGGAGUAGCCGGGGGGGGGCAGUGCCCCCUGCCCAGGUCCCUGCUCUGUGUCCCCCCUGUGCCACCGUCCUGUGUGAGGCUGGUGGUGGCGCUGGGGGUCCCCAUCCUGUGACCGUGUGAGCGCUGCCGUGCACCCACCCCAGGCUGGGGGGGGC